UCAUGGCAGCGCCGCUCAUCACGGGAGGGGUUAUCCGGGACAAACGCUUCCUUCGCUGGGUCGGAGAAACGCUGGAGUUCCGCUGGCUUCUCAAUAAGGAUCCCGAGGGAAAUGAAGAUGAGAUUCCUGGGGAGGACCUGUCUCAUUGUCUUGAGUUUGCUACCAGCUGUUUCUACACAAGGUGGAUGGCGUGUCGUUGGCUCUGAUCAGCCUGUCAUUGCUAAGCCUGGUGAUGAUGUCAUCCUGCCAUGUCACAUUUCACCCAGACUCAGUGCUGUGGACAUGGAAGUGAGGUGGUUCAGGGAUAUAUUAGAAAAACCAGUCCAUUUAUAUCAUUUCCAAAAGAAUAUUCUAGGAGUGCAGGACAGAGCUUACCAGGACCGCACUGCUCUCUCUCCUUCUGCACUGCAGACAGGUGAUAUCUCUCUGAAACUGAGAAACGUCCGGCCCUCUGAUAGAGGCGUCUAUACCUGCGUAGCUGGUGAUGGAAGUCGGUAUGAAGAAGGACAGACUGAAGUGAUAGUCGCAGCUCUGGGGACCCAGCCCUCAAUCUCUAUGGACUCUACACAAGGAGAGCAGACCCAUCUGGUGUGCAGAUCAGAGGGGUGGGACCCUGAACCUGAAGUGAUCUGGAGAGACAGGGAUGGAAACGAUGUGACAUCACUGUCCAACACAACAGUGCUGAGAGUCAGUCAGGGGCUCCGCAGUGUCAGCAGCUACAUCAAAAUCAAACAGCAGUCCAACGUGUUCUCCUGUCUGGUUAGAAGUAAAAUACCAAAACCAGACUGGGAAUCCAAACUCCACAUAUCCAGUGAUUUUUUCCCAGGAGUCUCUGGAUGGAUGGUGGCUUUCUUCUUGACUUUAGCUCUCAGUAUUGGAGCCAUUCCUCUGCUGGUGAUCCAAUGGAGAAGAAUGGAUGCCAUGGAGAGAAAGCUUGAGCCUAUGGCUGCUCAGUGCCUUCUUAAGGAACUUGAGUCUAUGAGACCGGUCCCCAAAUCAGAAUGGAAGUGGAUCCUCAGCUCAGCAGUUGACAGUUUGACUCUGGACCCUGAUACAGCACACCCAAUGCUGAUCCUGUCUGCGGAGGGGAAACGAGUGAGAGCGGGAUGGUUGCAGGCUGUCCAUGACAAUCCAGAGAGAUUUGAUUACUGGUGCUGUGUGCUGAGCAGGGAAGGCUUCACCUCAGGGAGACACUACUGGCAGAUGAACUUGGGGGGGAAUAAAUUCUGGAGAUUUGGAGUUAGCAGAGAGUCUGCCCGGAGAAAGGGGGAGUUCAGCAUGUCCCCCCAGCAGGGUUACUGGACUGUGGGGUGGAGGAGUGGAGAUGAAGAUAAAGAUGCAUUCAUUGCUCUCACUGCCCCCGAGACCCCCAUCACCCAGAGCCUGAAGCCCCAGAAGCUGGGGGUGUAUCUGGAUUAUGAGGAAGGGCAUCUCUCCUUUUACAAUGUGGAGACCAGAUCUCACAUCUACACUUUCACUGACAUGGAGUUCAAUCCCAAUGAGAAACUCUAUCCAUUCUUUUAUACUUACAGUAAAACAGACCUUGUGCUGGAGUCCCCUGGCCCUGUCAGCUCUGCAGAUUAAACACACAUUGCUGUCUGAACCAGGAAACUCUUCAAACAGCUCAGACAAUCUCCUCUUCACUUUCAGUGACACUCUCUCUGCACUCUUCUGGGCUGAUGAGAAGAAAUCCUCUCUCUUCCACCCUCUUACCCUGAGCCCUCCUCUUUAUUUCUCUACAUCCCCUUUCCUACUCUCCCUUCCUCUCUCACUCUCUCUUUCCCCUCCCCCUCUCCAUCUCCAGAUCCCUCUUUCUCUCCUUCUGCUCUCCUCUCUGCCUCCUCUAUGGCUCUCCUCUAUCUUUCUCUUUCAUGCCCUCUGAUAUGUUAAUCCCCUCUGUUUCCCACUCUCCCUCUCUCCACCCUGCCUUCUCUGCUCUCCCUCUCUCCUCCAUCCUCUCUACUUUCCCUCUCUCCACCCUUCCCUCUCCACCCUCCCUCUCUCCUCCCUGCCCCCUCUACUUUUUGUAUUGUGAUAUUUUGUAACAAUUGUAAGUCUCCCUGGAUAAGGGUGUCUGCUAAUAAAUAAAUAAUGAUGAUAAUAAAAUACUUUCUAGAAAAUAGAUGAAUACAUUAUUUUCCAUGUAAUCAAUAUUUACACUGAAGCUGAGAUGUUCCCUGAAUAUUACUCAUUGCUAAACUUAGUGAACUGAUUUCUGCUAUUUUGAUGUGGAUCUUCUUUUCUGUUUUGUAUCUAUUUUCUAUCUUUCUUGAUAAAAUAUAUAACGAUGCUGUGUGA